ACUCAGAGACUUCCUGUUUGCGCGCGACAGAGCGAGCGAAAGGCAGAGCGUUCAGUCCUCCAGCCAAACAAACACAUAACUUUCAGUAGAAACAACUCUCCGACUCUUUGCACGAAACAAUGUGCAUAAGCUACAGAGGAUGGAGGACAAGGUGAGCGGAGACAGGAGAGUCGAGGACAAGAGGAGUUUAAUCAGGACACAGCCUGAUGUCCCAACCAACAACCGAGUCCAGGAAGCACCCACAUCCACAGAUGACAUCAAAUCUGUCCAGUAUGGCACGCCGUGUUUCGUUUACAUCCUGGCGGGUUUCUCAGCUCUGGGUGGGUUCCUGUUCGGCUAUGAUACAGGUGUGGUGUCCGGAGCCAUGCUGCUGCUCAAGAAGAAGAUGAACCUGAGCUCUCUGUGGCAGGAGCUUCUGGUCUCCGUCACCGUAGGUGCCGCGGCCCUGUCUGCUCUGGCUGGAGGGUAUCUCAACGGGGUCUUCGGCCGGAGAAUCUGCAUACUUCUCGCCAGCUUUAUCUUCUCCGCCGGUGGUGUUAUAUUGAGUGCUGCGCCCAACAAAGAGGUUCUCCUGUUUGGACGACUUAUAGUUGGGCUUGGUUUAGGUAUUGCAUCUAUGACCGUGCCGGUUUACAUCGCUGAAGUUUCUCCUCCUCAGCUCAGAGGCCAGCUGGUCACCAUUAACACUCUGUUCAUCACUGGCGGUCAGUUCAUAGCCAGUGUGGUGGAUGGGGCCUUUAGCUACAUGCAGAAUGAUGGCUGGAGAUAUAUGCUGGGUUUGUCUGUGGUUCCGGCUGCUUUGCAGUUCUUUGGGUUCCUUUUUCUCCCGGAGAGCCCUCGAUGGCUUUUGCAGAAGGGGGAGACCCAGAAGGCUCAGCGGGUGCUUGUUCAGAUCCGUGGCGGUAUAAAUGUUGAUGAGGAGUAUGAGGCCAUGAGGAGCAGCAUUGAGGAAGAGAGGAACGAUACUGGUGAUGGUCUGGUGUUGUGGCGUAUGCUAAGGUAUGCUCCGGUACGGCGUGCACUGAUCGUGGGUUGUGGUCUACAGAUGUUCCAACAACUUUCUGGAAUCAAUACGGUCAUGUACUACAGUGCCACCAUACUGCAGAUGUCUGGAGUACAGGAUGAUCGGACGGCCAUCUGGCUGGCUGCUGCCACAGCCUUCACCAACUUCCUGUUUACCCUCGUGGGGGUGUGGCUUGUGGAGAGGGUGGGCCGCAGAAAACUGACACUAGGGAGUAUACUGGGCACUGCUUUAAGUCUGAUGGUCCUGGCAGCUGGUUUCCUGCUAUCUGCUCAAGCCUCUCCACCUGUGACCUUUCACCCUAGUGACCCCUCCCUCAACAGCUCCUCCUGCAAUACAUAUGGUUUCUGUGAACCGUGCAUGUUGGAUCCAGGUUGUGGUUUCUGUUAUGGGAGAAAUGGCACAGUUGUAGUGGAGUCCUCUUGUUUGCCAAUAGAUGCUGCCAACACUGAGACCGCUGCUUUGGGGAGAUGUUCCAAUGGCACACAGGAGAGCACAGGUGCAUUCUGGGCAUAUAACUACUGCCCAACAUCUUAUUCUUGGGUUGUUUUAUUGGGUCUUAUUCUGUAUUUGGCUUUUUUUGCCCCAGGUAUGGGUCCUAUGCCAUGGACCGUGAACUCAGAGAUUUAUCCACUUUGGGCUCGGAGUACAGGAAACGCCUGCUCUGCUGGGGUCAACUGGAUCUGUAAUGUGCUUGUUUCUUUGACCUUCCUCCACGUGGCCCAGUACCUCACAUACUACGGAGCUUUCUUCUUGUACUCCAGUCUGGCUCUACUGGGUUUUGUGUUCGUGGUGGGCUGUCUGCCGGAGACCAAGGGUCUGCGUUUGGAGGAGAUCGAGUCUCUUUUUGGCAGAAGGCUCUGCACCUGCGGCGCUGGGAGUCAGGGUGUACACUACAUCAGGCCUCGAUUGGAGUUGGGAGCAUUGCAUUAUGGUACACUGGAGCCGGAGGGCAGCAUUGCCUACAUAUCAGUGAGUAGCGCCAAAACUUAAAAACUAAUAAUAAUAACUUAAUUAAUAAAAAUUGUUUAUAGAAACUCCUAUUUAAAGUGGAAGUUCACACAAAAAAUGUAAUUCUGAAAAGUAAAAAAUAUUUUGGACCCUCAACAGCUAUUUCCAUGACUUGCCAUAUUAAAGAAGCAAACUUAAAUAUAGUGUUUGCUGAAAAUAUUUAUGUUUGCAGCUUUCUUAUCUCAGUCAAUGGUAAAGAAAUUGUCACAAAACAUUCUUUACAUUAUGUAGGAAGAUUUUAUGAAUGUAUAUAUACAUAUAUUUAAGCGAGCGUAAUUGUUGACAAUUGCUGACAAUUUUAUAUCUGGAAGAGCUAACUUUAAAAUUAAAUGAAUUUGACCAUACCGGUAACACUUUUUGUUGAAGGGGUGUUCAUAAGACUGACAUGACACCUUCAUAAUCAUGACAUCACACGUGCCACGAACAUGAAGGAGAUUUUAUGCACAUUUAAGACAAUUGUCAUUAAGUGUCAUUUGUUCAAUUAUGUCAUUUUUAAUGUAAAGAUGACAUUGUUUGAAUUGUCUUUGUUAUUACAACUUGUCGUAAAUCUGUCAUAAAAAUGACAUAGCAGAAUAAUUUUCAAAACUUAAAAAAAACUACCUCUUUAGGGGUUAACAUAACAUUAAACUGUCAUAAAAAUUUUAGUAAGUGUUAAUACGCUGUCAAAUAGUUUUAUAACAGCAUCAUGAAGAUUUUUCUUGACCUCAACUACAGUGGUACAACUUAAACUUGUCAUUAAAGGAUUAGUCCAUUUUCUUAAAAACAAAUCCAGAUAAUUUACUCAUGACCAUGUCAUCCAAAAUGUUAAUGUCUUUCUUUGUUCAGUCGAGAAGAAAUUAUGUUUUUUGAAGAAAACAUUGCAGGAUUUUUCUGAUUUUAAUGGACCCCAACACUGGGGUUUUAAUGCAGUUUAAAAUUGCAGUUUCAAAGGACUCUAAACGAUCUCAAACAAGGCAUAAGGGUCUUAUCUAGCGAAACCAUUGUCAUUUUUGACAAGAAUAAUAAAAAUAUGCACUUUUAAACCACUCACCACCCAGUCCUGUGACACGCCAUCACGACCUGAUGUAAUUGAAUCCUUUGAAACUGGAAUUUUAAACUGCAUUAAAACUGUUAAGUGUUGGGGUCCAUUAAAGUCCAUUGAAAUUAGAAAAAUCCUGGAAUGUUUUCCUCAAAAAACCUAAUUUCUUCUCAACUGAACAAAAAAAGAAAUCAACAUUUUGGAUAAAAUGGUGGUGGUUUUAAGAAAAUGGAUUAAUCCUUUAAAAUGUCAGCAAGUGUUAAUACUAUCAAAAAUAAUUAGUAACAAAAUGCAACAGACACGUCAAAAAUAUUAUAGUUAACUUUAUGUAUGUGCACAAUACAUAAAAAAAUUGACAACUAACAAAACUUGUUCUUUCUUACACAGAGGGUUUUGAAAUUUUCUGACAUAGAAGAAAAAACUAACAAAACAUUGAAUUCAUUUAAUUUAUUAAUUUAAUGUUAUUAACUGUUUUCCCAAUGCUGCAUGGCUUAACCCAUUAUUGUACUGUUUAUUUUUAGGUGAAUCGGUUUUCAAAUGCGAUUAAAUAUUAUUUUAUCAAUUUUAAUAAUGAUGAUGAAGAUUAUUAUUAUUAUUAUUGGAUGAUUGAUUUUUUUUCAUAAACACCUGGAGGAAACUUAAAAAACAACAUUAUUAACUGAAGAAUAUUCAUAAUGUUGUUAUAAAACUAUUUGACAGAGUAUUAACACCUAAUGACAUUUUAAUUCAGUUUGUUGUCGGUUAUGUUGUCUUUGUAAUGUCAGUUUGUCAUGACAAGUUAUGAUGUAUUAGUUAAUGUCAAUUUUUCAUAAAAGACAUUUCAAACAAUGUCAUCAUUGAACGAAUGACACUUAAUGACAGUUGUCAUAAACAUACAUAAAUGCAUGAUCUCCUUCAUGUUCAUGGCACGUGUCAUGUCAUGAUUAUGAAGGUGUCAUGUCAGUCUUAUGAAGACCCCUUUAAGUAAAGUGUUACCACAAUUCCUUUAUAAAAUAACAUUAAUUAAACAUCUGAAGCCAACCUUUUUGAUGUAAGUCUGUUAUAUAUAUUUGUUGUUGACAGUGUUAUUUACUUUUGUAAAAUAUUUUUCUACUGUAGUUGCAGUAAUGAAGCCUCUAUUUGUGGACAUGAAGAUUUGCUUGUUUACUGAAUUAUUCCUUUUUAAAGUUGAUAUUCAAGUUGUGAGAUUGUAAUACAAUCUUAUUAUGUGAUACAAUUUUUUGUAUGCAAUGUAGAUUUUAUAAUUAUGGCCUGAUGAUUCAUUCGUAGAGAGUAUAACAAACCACAUCUUAAAUAAGAAGUAUAUUUAACCUUAAAUGCAAUAUUUUCACAACUGGAUUGCAUUUUCUGACCCACACUUGUGACUUAGAAAUAGCUGCUGAUAUAUAUUUCUAAACUGUGCAAUGAUUAAUGUGUACACUUUCAUAAAUAAAUGUUUGUGAAUGACUUUUUUAAAAUGAAGUGGAUGUUUUA